AUGAAUGGAUUGAACCGUAUUAACAAGUAUGUUAAUAAGGGUUACGGACCAGGCCUCAACAUAUGGGUAAAGGACAAUCCCGGCUUAUUGCCAGAUAUGUUCCGUUUCUACAACUUCCCAUACUCAAAUGAAGCUGAAUUCAUUCAACUAGUUGCUUCCAGUGACUUUAGUGGAGGAGGAUACAUCAACAUGCGAACAAUGGUCGCUAUUAUGAACGUUGGUGCAAUGCCUACUCUACCUUCACCCGCCCUAUGCCAAGCCUUUGCCACUCUUGGAUCCUCUCAGAUCUACGAAGCUGGUGCCUCUGGUGCAACCAACUAUUGUAUGAUUGGAUACAAAGGACAAGCACCGGGAUCAGCCCUUGAAACAUUUGGUGAUGGAUCAACUGGAGCUGUCAAUCUGACCUCUAUGCUCAAUAGCUACCACGAAUGUACCCGAGUCCUUGGAUUCAGUUACAAUGAAACAACACUUGAUAUCAUGUUGGGUCACUUGCCUCUCAUCCCAUACUUUGUCAAUCCUCUGGAAGAUGGAGUCAAUGUUGUCACUCUCAACAGUCAAGUCAACACCCGCCUCAAUCAACAGGUAAUAACCAACUUCCCAACGAUGAACGAUGACCCCAAUGUCUCCAAGGCACUUGCCCAGUUCAUUGACUCCAUUGCCAAAGGUACCUUCAUAAUGAUCAUCGCUCGUGGACUCAACCUAUCAAAGAACAGUCUGAACUCUGAUGCCAUUCAGAGUCUCCAAAGGUUUGGCAGCAAGUGCAUCCUGAACUUCAUUCAAAAUGACACAAACGAUUGUUGGUUCAUGCUUUUGAAGAUGGGCACUCCAUCGAUCUACACUGAAAUGGCAUUCAAUCAUUCAUCACCAUGCACUGCCUCAAUCCAUUACAACUUGAUCAACAAUGAGUUGAUCACUCAGAAUAAGACAGUGAGUGAUGAUGACAUCAACAUCUACGUUGCAACAUCCAAUCCCAUAUAUGCUCCCGUUGGCAUUCAGAACUUCAUCGUCUCAGUUGGAGGCUUGCCCGUCACUUUCCAAAGCAAUGCAGGUCUGCUGAUGUGUGCAAUCAGUGAGGUCGAUGGCAAAGUGUACUUUGCUCGCAACUAUGAUGUCAGCAGUGCAUCAGUCAAGAGUACUCUUCAAAUGAUCGCUGACAUCAUGUCCAUCACAGCUGGUACACUCGUCGUCAUCUGCACCGGAGCUCUAAGUCAAGACUUUGCCAUCUCAGACAACCUUGCAUUCGCAAUGACCACAUGUGGCAGCAAAGUGACGGUCAACCCAAUCACUUCAACCUCGUCGUUCGCAUUAAUUGGACGAAAGGGAGCACCAUCUGGCUCAGUACCCGAGAUCCUAUCACUCACAGGACCAGUCACACUCUUAUCAAACUUCAAGAGACAAUUCAAACCUGUCAAGCCAUUCGUUCACAUCAAGGCUGCAUCCAAUGCUACACCAUCAGUUCCACCAGAGCCUUACAUCCUCAUCAAUGGACUACCUGUAUCUGGUACCUUUGGACCUGGUUUGAAUGUUGUGGCCAUCAAUCCAACAAACAGCACGGUGAUCAUGUCAAACAACUAUGACACCACUGAUGCCGCUUCCCAACCUCGACCAAGUAGCAAGUUCACCACUGAUAUCACUGCCCUGCCGCAAGGUACCAUCGUAGCAUUGUCAACACUUGGGUCUGCGGGCACCUACCUUGGCACUGCCAGAGACACCAUCACCAACUUGGUUCCAAGUUGA